GCCCCGGGGCGGCGGGGCCGGGGCGUCCCUGCCCGCCCUCUCCGCCGCCGCGCCUGCAGCCCUGAUCACCGCCGCUCCGGCCGCCAGCGCCCCCCGAAGCGGCGUGGAUGAUCCGCGACCUGAGCAAGAUGUACCCGCAGACCCGGCACCCGGCUCCUCACCAGCCAGCUCAGCCCUUUAAAUUCACCAUUUCAGAAUCCUGCGAUCGGAUUAAGGAGGAGUUUCAGUUUUUGCAGGCUCAGUACCACAGUUUAAAGCUAGAAUGUGAAAAACUGGCCAGUGAGAAGACAGAGAUGCAGCGACAUUAUGUCAUGUAUUAUGAGAUGUCCUAUGGGCUGAAUAUAGAGAUGCAUAAACAGGCAGAAAUUGUCAAGAGGCUGAAUGCUAUAUGUGCACAAGUCAUUCCCUUCCUGUCCCAAGAGCACCAGCAACAAGUGGUGCAGGCUGUGGAGCGUGCCAAACAAGUGACCAUGGCAGAACUGAACGCAAUCAUUGGGCAGCAACAACUCCAGGCCCAACACUUGUCACAUGGACAUGGUCUUCCUGUGCCGCUCACUCCGCACCCUUCAGGCUUGCAGCCUCCAGCCAUCCCACCCAUUGGCAGCAGUGCUGGUCUCCUGGCACUCUCCAGUGCACUGGGGGGGCAGUCCCACCUCCCAAUUAAAGACGAGAAGAAGCACCAUGAUAAUGAUCACCAAAGAGACAGAGACUCCAUCAAGAGCUCUUCUGUAUCUCCCUCAGCCAGUUUCAGAACAGCAGAAAAGCACAGAAAUUCAACAGAUUAUUCUUCAGAUAGUAAAAAACAGAAAACAGAAGAGAAGGAAAUAGCAGCUCGUUAUGACAGCGAUGGUGAAAAGAGUGAUGACAACUUGGUAGUUGAUGUUUCAAAUGAGGAUCCUUCUUCUCCCCGUGGAAGCCCAGCACACUCUCCACGGGAAAAUGGCUUGGACAAGACUCGACUGCUGAAAAAAGAUGCACCAAUUAGUCCGGCAUCUAUUGCAUCCUCUAGCAGUACUCCUUCCUCCAAAUCCAAAGAACUUAGCCUUAAUGAGAAAUCUACCACUCCUGUGUCUAAAUCAAAUACCCCUACUCCAAGGACUGAUGCCCCAACUCCAGGCAGCAACUCCACUCCCGGACUGAGGCCAGUGCCUGGCAAACCUCCAGGUGUGGACCCAAUAGCUUCAGGUUUAAGGACACCGAUGGCAGUACCGUGUCCUUACCCUACUCCGUUUGGCAUCGUGCCACAUGCUGGUAUGAACGGGGAGCUGACCAGCCCUGGAGCUGCCUAUGCUGGUCUACACAAUAUUUCCCCUCAAAUGAGUGCAGCAGCUGCAGCAGCAGCAGCAGCGGCAGCUUAUGGGCGAUCUCCAGUCGUUGGUUUUGAUCCACAUCAUCAUAUGCGAGUCCCAGGCAUCCCUCCUAAUCUCACAGGCAUCCCAGGAGGAAAACCAGCAUACUCAUUUCAUGUAAGUGCAGAUGGUCAGAUGCAGCCAGUUCCUUUCCCUCCUGAUGCCCUCAUCGGUCCAGGAAUCCCUCGCCAUGCCCGUCAGAUCAACACCCUGAACCACGGGGAAGUUGUGUGUGCAGUUACCAUCAGCAACCCCACGAGACACGUGUACACGGGUGGGAAGGGCUGUGUCAAAGUUUGGGACAUCAGCCACCCUGGCAACAAGAGCCCUGUCUCCCAGCUGGACUGCCUGAACAGAGACAACUACAUCCGUUCCUGCAGGUUGCUCCCUGACGGCCGCACCCUGAUUGUUGGUGGGGAAGCCAGCACGUUAUCCAUUUGGGACCUGGCAGCACCAACUCCUCGCAUCAAAGCAGAGCUGACAUCCUCUGCUCCAGCUUGCUAUGCCCUAGCUAUCAGCCCUGAUUCUAAGGUCUGCUUCUCUUGCUGUAGCGAUGGCAACAUUGCAGUGUGGGAUCUGCAUAACCAGACUUUAGUAAGGCAAUUUCAGGGCCACACAGAUGGAGCAAGCUGUAUUGACAUUUCUAAUGAUGGUACCAAAUUGUGGACAGGAGGUCUGGACAAUACUGUGAGAUCCUGGGAUCUCAGAGAAGGAAGACAGCUACAGCAACAUGACUUCACAUCACAGAUCUUCUCACUGGGCUAUUGUCCAACUGGUGAGUGGUUGGCAGUAGGAAUGGAGAACAGCAAUGUCGAGGUGCUGCAUGUUACUAAGCCGGACAAAUAUCAGCUGCAUCUUCAUGAGAGCUGUGUGUUGUCACUCAAGUUUGCUCACUGUGGCAAAUGGUUUGUAAGCACUGGAAAAGAUAAUCUUCUUAAUGCUUGGAGAACACCUUAUGGAGCCAGUAUAUUCCAGUCCAAAGAAUCCUCAUCUGUGCUUAGCUGUGAUAUCUCUGUGGAUGACAAAUACAUUGUCACUGGCUCUGGGGACAAGAAAGCUACAGUCUAUGAAGUUAUUUAUUAGAGACAAAUCUGAAUGCUGAACUCCUUCUCCUAGCACUUUGCUGUAUAUUCCUUUUUUUUUUUUCCUUUCUAAACUGAAAACUUAAAUGCUCAUCACAGUUGUAGAAUUUAUUUUUACCUUCUUAACUUGCUAUUGAUUUAUGAAUGUUCAUUAAGAACUUGUGAUACCAAAUUGUCAGAUAUCUACUUGGAAGAAGAUGAAAUAAGCAUACAUAACAGUGACCUUGACUCUUUAAUUAUGUAUUAUAGCUGUAAUGUAUUUAUUUUGUUUAAAGAAGGCUUUCUAACAAUGUACUGACUAAAUAAAGCUGUCUGGCCCGGCUUUAGUUUGAAAGAUGCAUCAUAUACUUGUGUUUUUGCAGGUGAAUAAAUUGGGGAUCUUGGAGAAGGAUGUUCAGGAGAUAGUUAAAAAUACACUAAAUAGACUCGUAGUUUCUAUUUAAAAAAUAAACUUUGUUAUAUUUUUUAGUCCUGUUCUUGGAU